AUUUUGUAGUGUUGGCACUUAGUAGAAUUUCCAUAUUUUAUUGUGUGUCAGAUUUUAAAUUAUAAUACAGUUACGUGUUAUAACUUGUUAAAGUCAGUGCAAAGCCUUCUUAAAUAGCUCCUUCCUUAGAAAUUGUUUGUAAAGAAGUGAAUUCCCAAACCUGUGUCAAGAAGCAGUUAUUUAAAUGACUGUGAGACAAGUUUCUGAAAGACUCCCUAAGUCCAGUCAGUGGAGAUAAAUGAUAGCCCAUUUCCAUGCUGCAUACAGUUGUUAGGUUUAUAAAAUUGUCAAUAUGUAUAAGUGCAAAAGCAGGAAAGACUAUAAAGUUGCCUGUAAAAUUUCUAGUUUUCAUUAUUUGCACUAUUUAUCUUUGCACUUGAUUUUUUGAAAGUUAAGACUAGUCACUUUCACUUUUGUUUCUAGUCUUUUCUAAUUUCUUGCAGAAUUAUGUUUUCAAUAUCCCACCCAAAGCAAAACUUAUAUGCAAUUAAAUAUGCUUUAUAAGGCCAAGAAAAUAUUUCUUAGUGUUAGCUAUUUAAAACAAAAAUUUGUUUUGAUAAAAUUUUUAAUAUGGGCCUUUAUUUGCCAAUAAAUCCUUUGUAAAUGUGGGUUUUAUUAAGCUAUUUAAAUAGAGUUAAAGUUUAGGAACUAUAUAUGUGUGUGUGUAUGAAAUGAUGUCUUUGAGAUCCAACUUCUGGCCUGAGAUGGCCUGGUUUUGAAGUGUUGGUCUGUUUUCACUGAAGUCAAUGAGAUCUGAGUCUAGCUGGGUACAUGCUUAAACAGCUGGAAGUUUAGUGGGUGGCUUUAAAUGGCAGCUCCCUCUUUCGUGUAGGUUUCCAUAAUGUUCAUAUAGUUUCUUCAUUGUCUAUGUGAUACAACUGAUAUUGACAUAAUUAUAUUAAAUGAAUAUUCCAUUUUGGAAUUCAGGGUUGAAUCACUUUUUGAGGGUGAAGGACAUCAAGGCGUAUGAGACUUUAUUUUAACCAGAUGCAGUCUUAUGACCUCAAAGAUGUGCUCUAGAAAGAAAAGAACAAAAAGUGUACCUGUGAACAUAUUUUUUUGUCUUAGUGAGAUUGUGCAACACAGUGUUCAGAAUUGCAAAAAAAACAAACAAACAAACAAAAAAAACAGUUUUACCAAUGGAGCAGAGAGGUGUGUUUUGGGCUAAAAUUUUUUUGUAAGUUAUUUAAUUUACUUUAUAUUCCCUUUCUCAUAGCUUUUUACGCACCUCAUACUUAAAACCAAGCAAGAGGCCUCUUUUCAGAUCUGGUUUAUUUUUGGAAUGCCUGAGUGUGUUUCUGGAUAGGGGGUUGGUGGUGUUUUAAUUCUUGACAUGCUCUUCUCAGCAUGUUUUGCUAGUCAUUCUGGAUCUUAUGUUUGCAAAUUCUGUUGGAAAUUCAGUGAUGUAUUUGAAAUGAGAAAGUCCUUUAUGACAUAGUGUGAAUGUUUGUGGCCGAUUCUAUUGUGGAACCUUGUGGCUUUGUUUUUACGUUGGAUAGAAAGUUUCAUUUCCAUUGUUCAGAUUUUAGAUUUAUCUAGUGGAAUUAUGCUAGGUAGUUGUCUAAAUGUGAACUAAUUUUGGGAAAUGAAGGUUAAUAAAUGUGUAUUUGACUCUAGAUAAUCCUUAACUCAAAAUCAUAAGUUAAAGGCUCACAUCAUUAGAAUUAUCUAUGCUUUAUGUUUUCAAAUCUUUAAAUGUGGAUGUUGUUCAGCAUUAUAUCUAUGAAUUUCCUUUAGGUAAAGAGAAAAAUUUAGUCUUCAAAUCUUUUCUUGGAGACUAAAUUUACCAUAUAUGGAAAACGAAAAAGUUUAGAAAGCGGCUUUAUUUUUAAUGGAGUUUAACCAGCUUAAUUAUUUUUUUCUAGUUUGAAGCACUUAUAUCCCAAAUGUGAAUAAAGGGAAAAUAUCAGCAAUUAGCCCUCCCCCUUUUUGAGGCCAUUUUUAGUUUUCUGCCCCCAUUUCCCAAUCCUGGUAUAAAAUGAAUUACGGGUAUCCCUCUAAGUCCCUGUAACCCUUUUGGGGGUCACAGAUACAUUUGAUAAUCUAAUGAAAGUGAUGAACCCUCUCCCCAGAAAAAAAAUGCAUGUACACAGAUAAUUUUGCAUAUAACCUCAGGGGCAUCACACAUGUUCUGAAACCUAAGUUAAGGAUCUCUGCUCUAAGUAAACUCCGUAGAGAAAAUUUUAAUACUAAUUAUUGAUAAAAUUAGGAACUAACUGUUGGCUUCAAAUAUUUCAGAUUGGAAUUAUUGUUAGAUGGUGGCCCCUACUAGUAAAAUGUGACAUUGCAACCAGCUUUGUUAGACAAUAAAACAUCUAGACAGAAGGAAAAAGAAGCAAAGUUCUGAGAGCUAUUUAUAUGGAGUCAGGGCAUCCCUAUAUGUGGGAGCCAUUACUGGUUCAAGACAGGGGUCAGGGUGCCUGACAACUUCUAGCAGGGUAGAGUUUGAUAAACCACAAUGCUCAGGAUGCCAAGGGGUUAACCAUUAUCUUAACCCCUUCCUCACCAAAAGAUUUUAGUUUUGUCUAUUGGGAACAAGAUGUCACUAGGGAAAAAAAAGAUUUGCCUUACAGCUUUGCUGGAACACAUCAGUUUGGUGACGUAUGGGACACUAGUGUUAUUUUUGAGAAAGUGCAUAAAACCAAAGUAAAUUAUUCUCUAUGUAGAACAUUAUUUACUAGUAAUAUUUGUUUGGGUGUAUUAGCUUUGACAAUUUUUACCAGUAAAUAUUGGUUUUAUUGAAAACUGGGAAUCCAGUUUAUAAAUAGGAUAGUUGAUAUAUCUGUUCUUUCCCCUGUGUAAAGAAUAGUUUAAAGAUUUAUGCACACUUUUUACUUUUCUCUCUUAAUGCCAUGGGGUGGGCUGGGAGGGUGGGGGAAGAUCUUUGAGUCAACAACUGACAAAAUGUCUUCAAAUUUAAAAAUUGAAAAGCAGCACUUUAAGUCUAACUCUACACCAUUUUAUUGCAUGUAUUAGUUUUAAUACUUUUUGGUGCAUGCCUUUGGGCUUAUUCAAAAGUGUACAAUAGGAAAGUAUAUUUCCUUUCUUAGAAAGGAGAUGUUUUUCUACUUUGCAACAUGUGAUUACAAAAAUCUUCCUCUGUGGGAAGAUUAACCAUGUAUUGAACUACUGAAAAGUAUAUAUUUUUAGAUAUACAGAAGGAAUCUACAUGGAGCAGCAUUCAGACCUAUAUAGAAGUCAUAGCAUUCUGUAUAGGACCAAAAAGGAAGUAACCUUAAACACUUAAACAGACUUUGUUGGGUAGAAAUACCUUUAGAUCUUGCAAUGACUUCCAAAAAGAAAAUGCCACAGAAGUUUGCUGAAAACUUUUGUUGUUUGAAUUUUCUCUGUCAGUGUAUUUAGCCCAAAUACAGCAGCUUUGGGUUAGCACACACAUAAGAAUCAAAAAAACAAACCUAACUAAAUAGUUCAGUCUGGUUUGCCAAUCCAGUUUGACUGAAAUAAAUAAUCACUUAACAACAUGAAAAACUGUCCAACUCCUCUAAGGUUUUGACAAAAUAACCUUGGCUGAUGUGGGAAGACUCCCACUUUGAUUUCUGACCUGACAGUGAAGAUUCAUGCUUGACAUGAUUUCAAACCUGACAGUGUCUGUUUAAGGAGCUAUGGUACAGUUUGCUAAUUCAAUCCCAGAUACCUGUUGAUUACCUGUGAGAUCUAGAGUCCAAAGUAGCCAGCAGCCGUAUCCCUGAGUGCUCUGUGCCCAUCAGAUAUCUUAAAGUAAGCAGGGUUGGGACAGGUCGCAGCUUGGAAGAUUGACCUCAGGUGCUGUAGACAGACCCAGAUUCAAGAAUUGUAUCUGCUUUCUUGGGAGUUGUCACUGAACUAAUGUCCCACACUGUGUUACUGUAGAUGCUCUCUCUUAGAGGAGGACCAGAGCACACAUCCUAAUCCCUUGUGGUACUCAGAGAGGGGGUGCUAACUCUGAUGCCCUGGCCAAAUUCCAGUUUAGGGAUGUGGGUCUUCUUCUCAUUCUAAUUGGAAAUGUGCAUCACUUCCCAUUUUUCCUGUUGAUCUCAGUGCAAACUACACUAGUCUGUUUCUUUGCCCUGGUCCCAAGUCUCUAACAUGCUGGCGUGUAUUUUAUGGGCCAAGUUCAUGCCUUAUCCUAAUGCACAAGAGUUGAGGAAUGGGUGAGCUUGGCGUCAAAGUGCCCUGUGGCUAGACUGGACUCUUGUGAUGCUGUGGGGAUGCAAUCGGCCCUCUUUUAGGAUAAGUUGGGGAAUGUGCACUGGCCAGAGGCUUCCAGCCAUGAGAUGUGAGCUGAAACCAAUUUUCCCUCUUUUCUUAUAGCAUGUUGAAAAAAUCUGUUGGGUUUUCAGCAGUCAGGGAAGGCCGGAGUUCUGCUUUAAUCUGGGUAACUGAGGCUGGUUUGAGCAAGACUUUGGUUAAUUAACUGGGUUCUCAGAUGCCACAGACUCCGUGAAAAGUCACCAUUAUUUUCAAUGGUUGUGAUAGAAUUUCCCCUUAGUAGCCAUUAUUUUAAGAUUAUAUUGCAGAGUUGCUUUAUUUUGAGCUUUCGUGUAUACACAAUCCCAAACUGGAAGAAAUUAAAAAAAAUGGAAUCCUGCUGUGAAAGGUAUAUAUUACUCUAGAUUUUUCUUACUGUAAAUAUUGUAAGAUUGUAAUACUGUCGAUAUUUUAUUAACCAACAAAUGUUAAUCUAUGUGAAUUCAGACUUAUUUUAAAUGUGCUUCUUAUUUACUGUGUGUGGUCCCUGUUGCUGACAGUAUUAAGUUAUAUUCUGAUGUAAGAUUAACUUUAUUAAAGAAUGUAAACAUUAAUGUUUCCUUAUGGGAAAACAAAUAAAGUAUAAAGAAGACAAUUCUUUUCCUUGAAAUAUACUGUGUAUUUACACUUGCUAGACCCAGCACCACUUAUAAAUUUAGUACACUGUUCAGAAUUUUAGUUAACACAGCUGACAUGGUUGUGCUCUGUUUGAAAGUCUAAGAAUAGGUAUUGUUGGAAUAUAAACAGUUUGUAUUUGUCUGCUGUGAAUCAUGAUCUUGAAAUUUCUAAUCAAGUUUGUAAAAUUUUUAUAGUAAAACAUUUUAAUGACAAUUUAAAAAUUUAUCUUCUCUAAAGAAUGGUCAAAAGAAUAUCCUUUCAGAAAUAGAAUUGUUCUUUAAUAUCUUUCCAAAAUUAUUUUGGUUAAAUGGACCAGAUGUAUAUUAGUUCAAAUUUAGGACUAAGUUGUUGAUAUUCUUUGAGUUUACAAGUUAAUCCUUAUUGGAGAUGUGCCAAUAUACAGUAGAAUAUCAUUAAUUUGCACUGUUUGGGGACCCCAUUUAAGAAUGCUGAAUUUUGCCAACUAAGAAGUAAGCAAAUGCAAUUUAAAAAGUAAAUUUGAGCAUUCUGUAUUAAAUAUGUGCAGUUAUUAUCACAUGAAGAAGCGCAGUGUGUCGGGCUGUAAUAUAACCAUAUUUGCUGUCAUGUUCUCCCAUCUCAGUGCUGGGAACUCACCAUGUGGAAACCAAGCAAACGUGUUGUGCAUCAGCCGGCUUGAGUUUGUUCAAUAUCAAAGCUGAAACUAGCGAGGUCUGCUGUACUGCUUAUUGAAGUAUUGUGAUUCUUUUAGGCAUUGAUUCUUACAAAAUAUAUACUGUAACAGUAUACUUUGUACAGAUUUAAAUUUUAUUUGAAAAAAUGAAAUAAAGUAGGCAAAAAAAAUAAAGAUGUUUAUUUUUCAUGUGACUA